AUGAAUUUAAAAAUGGAAAAAAGUGAAAACAUUUGUACAUAUUGGACAAAACCGAUUAAGACUACGGGGGUCGAGGUGAAAAUCGAGAAGAAAAAGGAGAAGGGAAUGAAAAAGAAGAGAAAAACCAGGGAAGUAAAAAGAAGUUUUCUGUUUGGUAAUAAAAACUGUUUCUGCAAAAUGAGGUUAACUGACACAACAAAUUUACACAUAGAUUUAUUUGAAGAAACACCAAACAUAGUCACUUUAGCAGUUUACUCAUCCAUCCAUCCCCGCUUAAUUCCUCCUUUUUUCUCUUUUAUAUUCUCAGUCAGUUUAAUGUUUGUUAUAGUUAUGACUUUUAAGGACGGUGCAGUUGUCGAGAACGGACAACGACGUCAGUUGACAUCAGAAGAACUUGACCGUUUAGCUCAGUUUGAGAAAAAUAUGGCUAUUUAUAGCAGGCAGAUCAGUUCAUCGUUGGGCGACUGGGUUCGAAGUUUGUUGCAGUGGGAUCCCUUGGAAGAACACGAAUCAUCAUUUCCAAAUUUUGCGCCAUUCCCGACGAUGCCAACUUCACUUACUGGUGAUUACUAA